AUGCAAGGUCUCUACGACUAUCAAACAACCCCCAACAAAGAUCUCUACGCCAAUCUAGUUCUCAACAUCGUCGCCAGCAACGAUACUAUAAUUCUUACUCUGGUCUACCUCAAGCCCAUCCCCAAUCGUCCAGUUUACGCCCCGUUCUACAAACUCACUCCUGUUACUUCGACCGACGUCUCCCUAACCCUCCACCAACUUAUGGGUCUCUUCCCCACUCCUGCACUCCCCAGAUGGUCCUGGUACUCAGCAAGCUUAACCCCUAAUACCGCCUUGUAUUCCCAACUCAGCAAUCUCCUUACCACCGCCCCGGAAGUUUUCACCAUAGCAGCUCUGCAAGCAGGCUCCGUAGUUGGCACCGUUCAGCCCAUCAGCUCCAAUGUAGUCUUAGCGGGGUAAAAGCGAGGGGGAAACGCACUAGGACUCCAGGCUGUCAAUCAGACGUGGUUCUCUGUCAACGCGGCGUGGUGGAAUGCUGAAGAUGAUGUGGCUGCUUAUGCGGCUUUGGCAUCUUUACACAACAAAGUUGAGGCUCUAAUAAAGGGCGCAGGAGCUGACGUGAGAUAUAUUUUUAGGAAUGAUGCGAACAUUCACCAGUCUGUGAUUGCUUCAUAUGGGGCUGCUAAUGUGGCACGGUUGAAGAAUUUUCAAAGGGUUUAUGAUCCUCAGGCAGUUUUUCAGAAGCUUGUUACGGGUGGUCAAAAGCUACCAGGCAUUGACAUGAGUAAUUGA